AUGUGCCUUUUCAACAAUGCUAGGCAUGGAAUUAUUUUACAACUGAUCCUAACAUUACUGGUUGUCGAAACACAAAAUCAAGCGAUAAACUUCAAUAUCUUAUCAUGGAAUAACAACAAAGCUGGCAAUAAUUCUCUGAAUCGAAAUGGAAAUGCAGAAAGCAGUAGCGGAGGAAGCGGUGCAUCUCAGACAGAUUCAUCGACAAGCCCAUUAAAUUCCUUGGCUUCAUCCUUUAUCGGUGGAUUAAGCUGGUUUUUAGGUGGUUCAUCUUCUUCGAAAAGUACAACAGUGCGAACUACCACAAGAACAACAAUGCGACCUAGGCUUACAACUACAUAUUUUGUAAAUGAGGGAGGGCAUAACAGGGGUGGAGGUUGGUUCAAUGGAGAACGUAAUAAUUGGUUUGGAGGCAAUCCUAGACAUGGAUUUGGUGAUUCGCAGAAUAACUGGUCUCGUGGAAAUACCAGAGGUUGGUUUGGAGCUCUCAACUGGAGGCCAAGAAAUAAUUGGUUUGAUUUAGUCGAUGAUGACUGGUUCGGUCCAGCUAUGCUAAAUAAUUGGUACGGCCCUAGUCCCUUUUUCGGUCCGAUUGGACCAUAUAGUAAUUUUGGUAGAUCAAAUUAUGGUGCUGUGCCUUUUGAUCCAUUUUAUUAUCGUAAUGUCAAUCACUUUGGUUUUAAUAAUAGAUGGCGUGGUUAG